GGAUGACUGAGUUCCUUGACCAAUCUGACGAGUUACAAGAGAAAUACUCCAAACUCUAUUCUCUGUUGGACGUUUCUGAACACAUAGUUUUUUUCACUGGAGCUGGAAUAUCUACAGCUGCUAACAUUCCUGAUUUUCGUGGUGACCAUGGUUUAGACAAAGCACCUCUCAAUAUAGCUCAAAUGGGAAUCUCUGAGAGGGACUUGGACUCCAAGAUGCCAACUGUUGGGCAUCGUGCUAUUUCCUUCUUGAUGGAGAAAGAUCCUAGAUUCGAAUUUGUUGCAACAUCUAAUCAUGAUGGAUUGCAUCAGAAAAGUGGAACUCCCUGGGAAAAGUCAGCUAACGUUUUUGGGACUGCUUUUAUUGAGGAGUGCCUAACCUGCAAAACACGGUACAUAAGAAAAGUGAUAACUCCGGCUUUACAUCGCCGUUGUGAAAAAGAAGAAUGUUCCGGAAAGUUAAAGAAGACCGGUGUGAGGUAUGGGCAGAUGGUACCUGUGGGACCCCUGAAAAAAGCAGAGAAAGCCGCUAAAGCUGCUGACCUGGUCAUUGUUUUGGGUAGCAGUAUGAGAACAUCUCCGUUCUGUGACUUACCAUCCUUAUCAAGUUGUUUUGUUAUCUGCAACAGACAAGAUACACCUUACGAUACACAAGCUGAGAUAUGUAUUCAUGAUCACAUUGACAACUUCAUGAUACGAAUCCUAAAUCACCUUUUUUCAGAAACUAAAAGGGAUCUAAAGUUUGAGUACCGACAGGAGUUUGUGAUCAAAGCAGUUGGAGAUGAAGUUAUAGCCACUACCCCACGGUUCAAUGAACCGGCUGUUUUUAUUGAGAACGUGGAACUGAGAUUAACCAGCGGAGGAGAUAAGACAUUUGAGCAGAAACUAAACGGAGACUUCUCUCUACCGGUUGAGUCUAUCCCUGAUGUGACCCAGUCUUACACUGUUGUUGUUGAGUUUAAAGAAGGUUUUGAAGUUGAUAAAGUUGAGCUGGUCUUCAAAUUAGGGGAACAAUCAAAAGGAGCUCUAGUAAAGAAUGUGUCAUACGAUUUGUAAAAAUAGUAUAAUUUUGACGGACAAUAAUUUUAUAAAUAAAGUAGUACUGAGUGCUCUUAUUCCAUUAUAUUAUUCCUUUUUUCAUAAUUUUUUGCCAUCCCAUUCAGUUUUAAGCGAUGGCAUAUUAUGUAUCUGAAAGUUCCCUUUUGUUUGAUUUGAUAAUAUCACCUUUGAGUUUUGUGUGUUUGUAUUUUAUUAUAGUUGUUUAGUUGUUGUUUACGGAUUAUUUGUAGUGCAUUGAUAAUGAUAAUUUAGGAUUUUGUACUCUACAGUCUACUUUCAAAAUACAUUUAAAUUUUUACGAUUUAUAUUUCUGGGAUUGCGUUUAUGAAAUGUUAAUGAUAAUGUAUUUAGAUGAGUAUAUAUGUAUUAAUAUCUAGCAUGUAGAAAAUUUAUUGAGCUAAUAAUGUACAUUAUUCAAAACAACGGGAGUUAAUAAUUAAUAUUUCUCAACAUUCAAUUUGCAGCAGUUUGUAC